UGAAACCGAUUUAGAAAUGGUUAUGAGCGUAGCGAAAGCAUCAACUGUAAUUGGCUGCUGCCAAUUGCUAAUGACGUUGGUCUUAUUGAUGUGUGGUAGUGUUGCAAUGGCCAAUUUUGAGAAUCGUUUUGAAGCGAGUAUUGGUCUAUGGGGAUUUUAUUUCAUCAUUCCAGCUGGUCUCGGUAUUUGGGCUGGAUACAAAAAGUCGACGAGAGGCUUGGUUGUGGCUCUUGGAACACAUCUCUUGGGUAUCAUCAUUGCGCUGGUUGGAAUGACUAUUACCGGCGUAUUCUUGUCCAUAUUGGCAUCAGAUUGUUACCAGGAUACUAGUCAGUCUAGUCUGCACGGUUCCAACUUUAUCGAUAUCGUUAUGACAAGUGAUGAUGAAGAGUGCACUUGUCUUUACGACAGCCAUCCAUACACCUAUCCACUUCCUUGCUCUGAUCUCGCCGUUGUUCGCAAAGCAACAGCUGGAGUUACGAUUGCUUUUGUUAUUAUUACUAUCAUUAGUUUGGUUGGAUCGAUCAACGGCUGCCUUGGAACUUGCUGCGCACCAGAGCAACCAGCAACUGUUGUCGUUACCGCAGGUAACGUCCAACCUGGAGGCCCAAUAUUAAUGGUGGCCACAGCUCCGUGCGAAUUCAUCCAACAACCAGUUCAUGGCGAGUACAAGAAGCUGCCAGUUCAUGGCGAUUCUAUCCAGCAUUCAGUGCCGUCAGGUCAUAUGGAAUACCUAGCUCGCCCCGUGUAGGCAUGCAGUAUUGACCGCGAUUUGAUUUAAAAACAUGUUCAGAUUCAGCUAAUGUUGCUGUUCACAUACGACUUAAUACAUAUUAUUUAAUGUAUAUAUAUGAGUAUACAUUAAUAUGCACAUACUGACAUAUGCAUGUACAUGCAUAUAAUCAUUGUAAUGCAUAUAUUGAGCUGGAUGCAAGAACUAGAUUUAUGCAGUAGGAUGACACAUCAUUUUUUUAUUAUUGUGUUUACUACUCUCAGUUCCCUUAGGAACAUGCUCAUAUUACUAAGGCCUCUUUUUCUGACGAUUCUCUUUGUUCACGCUCGAUAAAUCUCGCAAAGCGACGCUAUUAAAUGUACAAUGUUGUAGCCAAAGUAAAUACUAAGGGAAUUCAAUGAAAUAAAACGCGAAGGGGGAACCUGACCAAAUGA